AUGGGGACAAACAAAAGGCCGCGCAGGAGCAACAACCCGCCACAGUCCCCGCCUUCAGCAUUACUUGGAGAGGAAGACGGCUCUGCCCCUUCUGCACCGGACAAGCCUAUUGACACGCAACAAGAGCUCGAAGCGUGGCAGGAAUUUGCAGCAGAUCAUUACGAAACAGUCGAGCAGCUCCCGCUGGAGCUGCAUAGGAACUUCAGACUGCUCAGGGAGCUGGAUGAUGGCGCACUUGCACAAUUGGGGAUGUUGCAAGAUUCCAUGCGACAGUACAUCCAGGAGAGAGUAGCUUUGGAGCAAUCCGAAGCUCCUAAAGAGGUACCGCAAGACGUUCAUGAAGAAGAUCCAUCGCGUGGGUCUCCGAUUCCGGGGCCAAGUCCUGCAGAAACGCCUCUCGAAAACACACCUUCCCUUGCAGCUCAUGGCGAAGAGUCAGCAUCUCAACUCGAGAAGCAAGAACAUGAUGAAGGCAAAGGAGAUUUGGACGUGGAGAUGACCGAGCUGCCUCCGCAUAAACAUCAUUCUCCUCCCGAUCCUGCUUCUCAAACCAUCGACACACUUGAAGACGACAACGCGCCCGAAGCAGAGGGUCCCGGAGACACGACCCCCGCGAGAGACUCGAGCACCCUAGCAGAUCCGUUGGAGGGACAGAUCGGUCCUGCGGUAGAAGCGGAAAGCGGUACCAUCUCGUCGCCGGGUCAAUCACAGCGUCGAGAAACAAAUGAUACCGCAUCCCAGCAGCCAUCCUUCCUCCGCCCUCCUGGCCCUCACUCUCUCCUCCCCGAGAUUGCUCGUCUCUCCCGAGAACUCGUCCGCACUAACGAUGAGAAAGUGGCGGUUGCCAUCGGUGCUUACAACGCCAUUGACAGGCAUAUCCGCGCUCUUGACUCUGCUCUCACAGCCCAAGAAGCCGCCAUUCUUCUCGGCCUCCGCCCCUCCACCCUUCCCUCAAACGCUAUCGACCACACCCUCGCACACGAUGGAGGCAGUGCCAAGACCGGCCUUCCAGGGGAUUCUGGCCCUGGUGUAGGUAGCGGCACUUUUGCUGGGGCGAGCGGCCUGGCAGAAGGGGAUGAAGGGGAAAUCAGCUUGGGGCUCGGAGGCGGGGGUACAAGGAAGAAGGGAAAGAAGCGAAGAAAUAGAAAGGGGCGGCAGGAAGAGGCCGGGGGCGUCGGAGCGCUGGGUAAUGAACAGGAAGAUUGGAGCAUACCAGUUGAUCCGCAAAUGUUCAGGAACGAGCCGAGAUACUGUUACUGCCACAGGGUUUCGUUCGGCGAAAUGAUUGGAUGCGACAACGACGAUUGCCCCUUAGAAUGGUUUCAUCUCCAAUGCACCAACCUCACCCACCCACCCACUGGCAAAUGGCUCUGCAACAUGUGCAGACCUCCAGCGGCGGGCGAAGAGGGCGGAGAGCCAAAGAGGAGCCAUAAAGCCGGGGCGGGGAGGAGCCACAAGGCUGGUGCUGGUACCAGCCACAAAGCGGGAGCGGGGAGGAGUCACAAAGCUGGUGCGGGUGCAAGCCAUAGAGCUGGACUUGAGGAAGGACUAAGAGCAGGUGGAGCGGACGAACCACCAAAGAAAAAGGCAAGGACCAGAUGA